AUGACGGCCUGGACGCGCACCUCCUACAUCCUCCUCUUGGUAGCGGUGGUGGUCGUGGAUGGUACGGGAGUGUUCCCCGCAUGGCAACAGUACUUUCCUCCUCGCAAGUGGGCGUUCUAUGAUGAGCAGGUGCAUGGACGCCCAGGUCGGGUGCGUGUGGGCCGAGGACACUACAGACUCGGACCUGCAGGUGCAGAGCUCAUCUGCAACUUUCCUCCACAUCUCAAACUUGUUUCUAACGUGGUCUGGGAAAGAGCUGAUCUUGGGGAUAGGAACAGUCUUAACCAAAUAUACAGAAGAUUUGGUAUUUCUCACGAGUUCACAGUGCAGUACAACCCUACAGGCUCUGCGCUUCGCAUCUUGAACCCUGGACCCUUAGACAAGGGGUUGUACCGAUGUUUAGCCUCAGCAGUGGAUUUAUCCUCACCUGCUAGACAUUCAAUGUCAAUUUUUCAAGAUAUUGAAUUCUUCCCUAAAUUCUGAAAAUUCCUGCUCAGAGUUUAUUAAAAAAUGACUGCUAAGAUAAGGAACAUUGUGGCCUGGUGGAAAGAAACUACUGACUCCUGCCUUGGUCUUUGAGAAUCAUGCAGUUAUCAAUAGCAUAUUUACAAAUCGUUUCUCCGCCCUUGA